GGAGGCGCUGUUGUGAGUUGCGCACGGGCAAACUACUUGGUGAGUGUGUGCUUUAUAGUUCUAACCUGCAUAACUGUAUUUUAACACCAAGCAAGGCUUAGUUCGGCGGUGUCUGAUUCUCUACUUCAAAAAUGGGUUCGUUGCCUGAGGGUCGCAGUUGAUGACUUCUUGAUAUUAAUAUGUUUGCUGCUGCUACCAAGAGCUUCGUUAAGCAAGUUGGAGAUGGAGGGAGAUUAGUCCCUGUCCCGAGCCUCAGCGAAGCUGACAAGUACCAACCCCUGAGUCUGGUGGUGAAAAAGAAGCGGUGUUUUCUGUUUCCUAGAUGCAAAUUCACAUCCACGCCUUUCACACUUAAAGAUAUUCUCCUGGGAGACAGAGAAAUUUCGGCCGGUAUUUCAUCUUAUCAGUUACUGAAUUAUGAAGAUGAGUCAGAUGUUUCCCUCUAUGGAAGGCGGAGCAACCACAUUGUGAAUGAUGUUGGGAUUAAUGUUACUGGAUCUGAUUCCAUCGCAGUCAAAGCUUCGUUUGGUGUUGUGACCAAACAUGAGGUGGAGGUAUCGACAUUACUCAAGGAGAUUACUGCACGAAAAAUUAAUUUUGACCACAGUUUGAUCCGCCAAUCAAGGAGCAGCAGGAAGGCCGUGCUGUGCGUGGUCAUGGAGAGCAUCAGAACCACACGCCAGUGCUCUCUGUCAGUGCACGCUGGGAUUCGAGGGGAAGCCAUGCGGUUUCACUUUAUGGAUGAACAGAAUCCUAAGGGAAGGGAAAAGGCUAUUGUUUUCCCAGCACACACAACCAUAGCUUUCAGUGUCUUUGAGCUCUUCAUCUACCUGGAUGGUGCCUUCGACAUUUGUGUCACGUCAGUGUCAAAAGGAGGAUUUGAAAGGGAAGAAACGACAACCUUUGCCAUGUUCUACAGACUGAGAAAUAUACUCUUUGAAAGAAAUAGGAGAGUGAUGGACGCCAUCUCUCGUUCCCAGCUUUACCUGGAUGAUCUCUUUUCUGACUUCUACGACAAACCUCUCAGCAUGACUGACAUUUCCCUCAAGGAGGGGACUCACAUCCGAGUGAACUUACUAAACCACAACAUUCCUAAAGGGCCCUGCAUCCUCUGCGGAAUGGGGAACUUGAAAAGGGAGACAGUUUACGGGUGCUUUCAGUGUUCUGUGGAUGGCGUGAAGUACGUGAGGCUUCACGCGGUCCCUUGCUUUGAUAUCUGGCACAAAAGAAUGAAAUAAAAGGAAGAAGGAAUAUGCUUUGUGGGUGUUUUGUACUACACAUGCCUUCCUUACGUUCUUUAGGUUUGCUU